GGCCCGGGCGCCCGAGCCUCCUCGGCCUUGGAGAGCAGCGGCGGCGGCGGCACCCCGGGCGCGGCAAUACUGAACGCUGUGCAGCUUGCAGAGGUCUCCUGGCAGCCCGCCUUAGGAAUUCUGUCUGGCCCCGAUCAGAAUACUGGAGACGAGACCACGAGAUUGAUGAGUUUGCCUUGGGAGUCGGUGAGAAGGUGAAACCAGGGCGAACAUGGGUCAGAAGGUCACUGGAGGGAUCAAGACUGUGGACAUGAGGGACCCCACGUACCGGCCCCUGAAGCAGGAGCUCCAGGGUCUGGAUUACUGCAAGCCCACCCGGCUGGAUCUGCUACUGGACAUGCCCCCUGUGUCCUACGACGUCCAGCUGCUGCAUUCGUGGAACAACAACGACCGGUCGCUCAACGUCUUCGUGAAGGAAGACGACAAACUCAUCUUUCACCGGCAUCCGGUGGCCCAGAGCACAGACGCUAUCAGGGGCAAAGUCGGGUAUACCCGUGGGCUGCACGUGUGGCAGAUCACAUGGGCUAUGAGACAGCGGGGCACACACGCUGUGGUGGGGGUGGCGACGGCAGACGCCCCCCUGCACUCGGUCGGGUACACUACCCUCGUGGGGAAUAAUCACGAGUCCUGGGGCUGGGAUUUGGGGCGCAACCGGCUCUACCAUGAUGGCAAGAACCAGCCAAGCAAAACAUACCCAGCCUUUCUGGAACCAGAUGAGACAUUCAUUGUCCCUGACUCCUUCCUGGUAGCCCUGGACAUGGACGAUGGGACGCUGAGCUUCAUUGUGGAUGGACAGUACAUGGGAGUGGCUUUUCGGGGACUCAAGGGCAAAAAACUGUAUCCUGUAGUGAGUGCCGUCUGGGGCCACUGUGAGAUCCGAAUGCGCUACUUGAACGGACUCGAUCCCGAGCCGCUGCCGCUCAUGGAUUUGUGCCGCCGCUCGGUGCGCCUGGCCCUGGGGAAGGAGCGCCUGGGGGAGAUCCACACGCUGCCGCUGCCGGCUUCCCUCAAGGCCUACCUCCUCUACCAGUGAUGUUCGCCAUCGGACCGCCAGCACGACAGCCACCUGGUGCCACCUCACUGAGCCACCCGCUGCUGGGGUCGCCAUACCCUGCGCCUUGGACCGGCAUCCACAGCCAUGGACAGAGGUCCCUGGUCUUCCCUCAUCCUCCGUGGCUGCCUCCAUGGGACAAGGACCGAUUCCAACACAGGCUCCUCUUUCCCCCUUCCCGACAUCAGCAGAAGGCAGCGUCCCUGCAUGCCGUCCAUAUACAACCCCUCUUUGAGAAAAGACACAGAGAAUAAACUUCUACGAAAGCCCUACGUUGAGCUCCAAUCUGCUCUCGGGGUGGGACGGGUGCUCCCCACAUCUCUGGGAGAAGGCUGCAGCCACCUGGGGUCCCAGGGUGGUGGGGGUGGCAGGUGGUGCCACAGCUCUGAGAGCAGAUACCAGGGGUACUAAGAGGUGCUUAGACAAGGGCUGGUGCCCCGCCAUGGGUGCCCAGCCCAGUAGGGCCAUGCCAUGACAGAUAAAGCUCAGGACGUCAGAAACUCACCAUGGACCCCAAAGCAGAAACCAAGGACCGUCCACAGGCAAAUAAGCACCCAGCAUCCCUCCCAGCUGUUGGUGCCCCAUACCCUGUAUUUAUUCUUUUAACAAUAACAAAAGCCAUUUAUUUAUUCCAUCUAGAAAGGAAACCUUGUUUCAGUCCCCUCUCUCUGGCUGUUCUGUUACUUUCCUCCCACCUGUGCCCUCCCUGGGAUGUGUAUGCCUUGCCCGCCCUCCCUGGGCACAUGUGCACACGUGCCCAGGCACAAGUGUGUCUUUGGGUCCCUUGCCCUGCAGUUUCCAGAGAGCUCUGCUCCAAGUUCCCUAGCAGGCCCUUCAGGGAGGAAGAGCCUCACAUGCAGUCUGGGUGUCUUCGUGGGCCCAUCUGGAAGGGCUGCAGCAAUUCCCCUGGGUCUCCAGGUAGCCAGUUAACUCUUGGGCUCAGGCAUCCUUGCACAUGGUUGCAUUUCUUUAGUCUUCUGUGGGUCUUUUGGUGUGAGUUUGAUUUUGCUUUUGCUUUUCUAGCUGAGUUUUCCCAAGUACAUCCUCAGAAGCUCUGGGUGUGCCAGAGGACCCCCGGAACUAAGAAGGGAGGGCGAGUGGGUCUCCAUUCCCUGAGAAGCUAGGGGCAGAGU